AUGCUGGCAAGGUCCAAGGAAUGGUGUGAUUAUUAUGCUGCCGACGACAGUGAGACUCGCUCAGAAAUUUUUGAGGAGAUGCUCAAAGAUGUAUCAGAGCCUUGGGCACAAACAUGUCGUGAUAUACAUAAGAACUUGGAAGAACAUACAUACACCUGGGUGAAGUGUCUACCGAAGAAAUCAUUAAGAAUGGUAAAAAGUGGAUGGGUGAGGAAGUCAUGCUGGCUUUUGAGAAGUACAAGGAAGGAAAGAGCCAAUUCGAAGUACGACAUGGUGGAUUAUGGCCUAGAUGAGCUUCAACAUCAGUGCUUCAGCAUGGAUAGCGAUGGCCAUACCUUCCAUCACUUCAACUUCACCGUUAAGAUGAAGAAGUCAGACGGUGAUUGGUCAUCCACGCCCUUUUUUGUUGAAGUGAAAGAGAUCUACGGAAGAAAAUAUUAUUCCUGCUACGAACUAAGUUCAUAUGAUGAUGGUCACUGCAACGCAUGCAAAAAUCAAGGAAUGCAUGCACUGAAGCACCCUAUUUAUCUAAUGGGGUAUGCCAGUGGUCAUGCUGAUAUGGAGUUCUCCUUUAUUUAUCUUAGUGAUGACGAAUAA